UUUUGCUUACGUGGCGAUUAGUGGUAAAAAGAACGAAAAUGGAAGGGAGGAAGGGUUUGCUGAUGCUUAUUGGAUUGCUUUGGGGUUCUUGUUCUGCGAUCAUUUUCAGGAACCCUAAUUCUAAAUACUCAUUUUCGUUUGGGUGUUGAAUCGAUCUCCAAAUCUCAAUUACGGACUAAGAAAAAAAAUGGACGCCGACGAAGAAGAUUACGUGUUCUACGGCACGCCGAUUGAGCGUGAGGAAGAGAUGACCAGUCGUAAGAAGAAAGCUGUUGCUGAGUCAUCUGGUCUCUUGCGAAGCCUCCCUCCCUGGAAGCAAGAGGUUACAGAUGAAGAAGGCCGAAGGCGGUUUCAUGGAGCCUUUACGGGAGGGUUUUCUGCUGGUUUCUACAAUACUGUGGGCUCUAAAGAGGGUUGGGCUCCCCAGUCAUUUACAUCGUCACGGAAGAACCGGGCUGAAGUUAAAAAACAGAGUAUUUUUAGUUUCUUAGAUGAUGAUGAGAAAGCGGAAAUGGAAGGCCAUUCCCUGGGGACAUCUUUGCAGUUUGAUACAUUUGGAUUCACAGCUGCAGAACUUGCUCGAAAACAAGCUGAGAAGGAACAACAGCUAAGGCCAUCAGCUAUUCCUGGACCUCUUCCUGACGAAAUAGUUCUUCUGGCAACAGAAUCUAUUGGUGUCAAAUUGCUGCUGAAGAUGGGAUGGCGACGUGGUAACUCGAUCAAAGAUUCACAUACUAAUUCACUGUAUGAUGCUCGUCGAGAAGCUAGAAAAGCUUUUCUAGCACUUUCUUCUGAUGAUGUGAGCACAGACCUUGCUGUCUCUGAGGGUGUUAAGAGUGACCUUCAAAAUGUCAUUGAGCUGCCUGUGAAUGAUGAUCAUAAGUCUUCUGAAAGUACCCCAGUUUAUGUACUCAAUCCAAAGCAGGACUUGCAUGGUUUAGGUUAUGAUCCUUUCAAGCAUGCUCCAGAGUUUAGGGAAAAGAAGAGACUACGCAUGUCUGGGAAAAAAGAGCUGGGGUUGAAAAAUGAUCUCUUUGCUUUCAAGUCAAGAAAGGUUGCUCCUGGUUUUGGUAUUGGAGCACUUGAAGAACUUGAUGUUGAAGAUGAGGAUGUCUAUGCUUCUGGUUAUGACUUUGAAGAUAAUUAUGUUCAAGAAGUUGAAGAGCCUUCAGGUUUGGUCAUUGAAAGUAAGCAAAAGUUGGGAAGCAAGGAAAAGGGUGUUCUCUCUGGUUUUAAAGUUGCAUCAAAGCUUGACUAUCAGUUGGAGAGAUUCGAUCCUCCAGUUGUUCCAAAGAAUUUUGUACCCCACCACAAAUUUCCUGCUCCUCUCAAUGACAGUAACAAGCAUGAUGGUGAUCCCCCUCCAGAGGCUAUUGCUCCUGAGGAUAAUAAUCUGAAACUCUUGAUUGAGGGGGUUGCAACUUUGGUAGCUAGGUGUGGUAAAUUAUUUGAGGAUCUCUCCAGAGAGAAGAAUCAGUCGAACCCAUUGUUUUCUUUUCUUACUGGAGGAAAUGGCUGUGAUUAUUAUGCAAGAAAGCUGUGGGAGGAGCGACAGAAGCAUAAUGACAAAAGCAAGCAGCUAUUGGAUGUGAAAUCAUCUCCUACCGUGCAGAAGAUGACAGCAGAGAGUCGUGGAAAAAUUCUAGGAGAAAGGCCUCUAGAAAGAAGCUCCAGAGAUACAAACUCAUCUGUUGCUUCUGCAGAUGUCAUUCAACUGCAAUUCAAUCUGUCAGAUACAUUUACAAAACCUGCAUCACUUAAAGAGUUGUCAGAAAUUGCAAAACCUUUCAAAGAGGAUCCUGCAAAGCAAGAAAGGUUUGAGCUGUUCCUCAAGGAAAAGUACCAUGGAGGGCUUCGCUCUACAGAUUCUGGUGGAGCUAGUAAUAUGUCAGAAGCUGCUCGUGCUCGUGAGAAAUUGGAUUUUGAGGCAGCAGCUGAGACAAUAGAGAAAGGGUUGCGGGGCAAGGAAAGUAAUCUUUCUACCCAACAGUUUAUGGAGAUGUCAGCAACUGCAGUAAUGGAGUUUGCUCCUGGAGGACUAGAGCAAGCUAAGGUUACUCAAGCUGAAGAACUGGUAAUAAAAAAGAUGUAUCCAAAACGGGAAGAGUUUCAGUGGCGACCUUCACCUAUUUUGUGCAAGCGCUUUGAUAUCAUUGAUCCAUUUAUGGGGAAGCCACCGCCAGCUCCAAGAAGGAGAAGCAAGAUGGAUUCUCUUGUCUUCACAUCAGACUCUGUGAAAUCCACAACCGUUGAUGAAACUGUUACUUCAAAAUUGCCCGUUGCUCAAUUAGAUCCUCAACAGUUCAUCAAAGAUGUAAAUGACAGAGAAAUUGAAGUCAACGUGGAAGUUGAAAAAGUUGAAAGGCCAGUUGACCUGUACAAGGCCAUUUUCUCUGAUGAUUCAGAUGAUGAAGGAGAGAAUUCUACUAGCAAUCAGGUGGAUGAUCCACAAAGAAAAAUUGAAGCAGCUAAUACAACACUAAACCGUUUGAUGGCUGGCGACUUUUUAGAAUCCUUGGGUAAAGAACUAGGCCUGGAGGUUCCCCCUGAUAUGCCUCAGUCCAUAAACAAAGCCAGAACCCCUGAUCCUAAGAAGGAAAGUAAUGAUGUUAAUCCAGGAAAUAUUAGCUCCCUGGCAGUUGAAAAUAAGCCUUCCUCUACCUAUACUGCUGUUAAAGGUACUUCCGUAAAUCAGGAGGCACCGCAUGACAAAGCAUAUGGCCAGGAGUCUACACAAGAGGUUCGAUCCCAAAAUAAUGAACUUAUGCUUGAUAGCCCAAGUGGUAGCAAAAUAAAGGUCACUGGUUCCUCUGAGAAUGAAUCUAGUAAAAUCAAAGCAGAGAAGAUGGAUCAAGAGGGUAGGAAAGCCAAGACACCCGCUGGCCACCGUCAAAAUUGGAGCAGUGAUUCGUCAUCAGAGGAUGAAAGGAGUAGAAAACGUUCGAGGCGACGUCGGCAUAGAAGUGAUAGUUCAGACACUGAUAUAUCGAGCGAGCAUCAAGAUCGUUAUCACUCAAGGUCAAAAGGGAGAAAGAAAGGUUCCUCUCGAGAAAAGAGUAGCAGCAGCAGAAGAUACUCAAAGCACCAUAAACGUGGAAGCAGAGACUCUCCCAGCAGAUCUUCUCGUCACAGCAGUGAGAGAGAACGUUCAGAUAGCAAGAGAGAGAAACGGAGAUGAGGGGACUAAAGAAUUAUGCUUCUUCAAAACUCCAAUUCUCAUAAUUGGGAAGAUCCACAACAGAACCUCAAAUUGGAAAUGUUCAUAGGAGAAUCACUACUUAACCGGAAGAACAAUUUUUGCAGGGCAUUUUGGUUAGUGGCUUCCUCCUGUCUUCGUAAUCUCUUCCAAGGCUUCCUAUUGUGAAACAGAUUUUCAAGCACACAGGAGGAUUUAUGUCAGCUUCAACUUUCUGGUCCAAUUUUUACAACCAAAAUCUGAAGUCAUCAGAUUAAGAGACGGACCAAUAUGAUCUAUCUCCAGAAAAUCACUGUUGUUUUCUACUUUUAAUAACCUGGAACUGUGGUCAAGUUUUGCUUGUAUGCCUGCUAGUGUAUAAAUAUUAACAUCAGUUAUUAUAUUAUCAAAUGAUUUUCUAUUAAUUAAACACUUAUUGCUCACGCAA